GAAAACCAAUUUAAAUUAGUUGAAAAAGUAACGAAAAGUGUGAAAAAUUAAAUGGUUAGAUCCCCAUACCGAUAAAUAUUGAAUAUAGCCCCAAUAUAUCCACUAACGCGAGUGUCAAAAUGCAGCCAUCGCUGGGAUGCAACAACAAUCUCUCUGCAAUCAAAAUUCAAUCAAAAAAUAUAUCCAUCGGCAUAUAAAUAAAUAAGUAUAUAUACACAUAGUACAUAUAGCAUAUUGUAUCCAUAACUAAGGUUUAGUCAAUCCAAAUCAAAAUUCCACCAUCAUAAUAUCAAAUUGUUGGCCAACGAGAGCUGCAAUUUGAACAAUCAAUCAAUCAAAUAUACAAGAAAGCAACGGCCUCACGACGGAGUCCCUAGAGUUUUUGCGCUUUACCGAAGAGGACUUCGAGAUGGAUAUCUUACCAAGUGGGAAUAUCUUCAACGAACUGGAGCGCAUCUGCACCACCGGCUACUUCUCGUCGCAGCCCUCCAUUGAGGAUCAAUGGGAACAGACCUGCUACGAACUGGAACGAUAUCUGCGGGAUGAGCCAAAGGUCGGCAAGAAGAUCCACAGCGAUCUGGACACAUCUGCCUGGGACAUAUUCUCGGCGCCCGCCCGCCUACUCGAGGAGCUAAAGAUCAAGGAGCAGAAUCUGGAUGCCAUUUCGACGACAUCUUCGGUGUCCUCCAACUGCUCGGGCAUCUCCUGGGACAGCAAUGGCUCGCAGGCGCUCAGCUGUGCGGUUCUGGUCAAGCAGGAGCGCAUCGACGAGGAGGACGAGGAGGUGGGCUGCGAUGACAAGCUGGGCGUGCUCUUUGCGGCGCCACCAUCGGCCAUUUCGCCCAAUCCCAGUAUCAGCAGUGCCAACGGCAACAUGACACCCACCAGCAGCAGCGGCAGCAACAGUCACAUCAGCACCAGCCCCAGCAGCAGCAGCAGCAGCAGCUCCCCCAUCAUCCGUAGCAGCAGCAGCGGCAGCAUGAGUCAAGCGAGCAGCUGCCUGAGUGGCGCCAGCACCAUCACUGUGAGCUCGCCGAGCAGUUCGUCGCCGGCGUUCAAGGUGCGCGUGGUGCAGGCCAAGAGCCAGAUGGGCAACGGGGCGCGGUUGCACCUGGGGCACGUGCAGGACUUUGUACUGCCCACGCUGACGCCGCCCUCCUCCCCAGAGUCCAGCCUGCGGAGCCACAACAACUAUGCGCAACAGAUCGAGGCCAAUGAUCUGGCGGUCCUGAUUCAGCAGCAACAACAACAGCAGCGACAGCAGCAACAACAGCAGCAGCAGCAGCAGCAGCAACAGCAACAAGGCAACACCACACCCGCCACAGCGAUCCUGCGCUUCACCAGCAGCAAUCACCAAAACAAUCCCACAAUGACGCAACUGCAACAGCAGCAGCAGCAGCUGGCCGUCCAGCAUCUGAGCAUAUCGCCGCAGGCCCUCGUGCAAAGCGGCAGCAACAGCAGCAGCAACUCGCCCCACAGCAGCAGCAGCAACACAAGCGCCAGCAGCAGCAGCAGCGGCAGCUCCAGUGGCGGCAGCUCAAGUGGCGGCGGCUGCAACAAGGACAGUCAGUCAACCCACAGCAACAUUCCGCGCAGCACCAUCGUACGGCUGACCACGGCGAACGGCAAGCCGGGAGCGGCUGGCAUCAGCCUGGCACGCGUCAUCCAAAUGCAGAACAAUGGCCAUGCCAAUGUCGCAGCUGUACUCAGUGCGGCCGCCAGCAGUGCCAGCAACAGCAACAGCAACAACAACAGCAACAACAACAACAACAGCAACUCCCACAGUUCCAGCGUGUCGACGUCACAGCAACAAGUGGCGGCGCCACGAGCUGACAAAUCAACAAACGGUUCUGCCAAAAAUCAUCACCCGCGGCAACAUCACAGCGAUCACAGCCCGGACGCCAAGCGGCGGAUACACAAGUGCCAAUUCCUGGGCUGCAAAAAAGUCUACACGAAGAGUUCGCAUCUGAAGGCCCACCAAAGAACGCACACAGGUGAAAAGCCCUACAAGUGCUCCUGGGAGGGCUGUGAGUGGCGCUUCGCGAGGAGCGAUGAGCUGACGCGUCACUACCGGAAGCACACCGGGGCCAAGCCGUUCAAGUGCCGCAACUGCGAUCGGUGCUUCUCCAGGUCCGACCAUCUGGCCCUCCACAUGAAGCGACACAUGUGAGGCGAGAUCUAAGCGGUGACGUCGACGGAGACGGCGACGACGAGGGAAGGUGGCAGCACCGCCGGCAGAGUCGGAGCUGAAGUCGGAGUGCAGCGGAAACUGUGUGCCAUCAAAGGAACGAUGCAAAAACUGCGUAACGCUAAUCAAAAUAUGUAACAGAAAAUUAAGGAACAUUUAGACGGGGAAGAAUAGGGGAGCGAGUAAAAGAGAGUGGGAGGAAAAUCAAAGAUAAAGCAUCACAACACAAGCACAAAGAUGGAAAAGAAAGUUCUCUGAUUCCGAUGGAUAUUUGUGUUGCCAUUAUCGCCGUUAUCGUUUUCGUUUUCGUUAUGGUUAUCGUUAUCAUUAUCAUUAUCGUUUCAAUUGCAAAUUCGAUUUGUUUCAAUGCCUUGUUAAGUGUAAGUCUAAGCCACCAGCAUAAUCAUCAGAAAUUCGCAAAUAUCCCCAUACCUGCGGAACCGCAUACCCGCAUACCCCCCACCUCAUAAUUAGCAUUUAGCGUCGCGUUCUGAACAAACAAAGCAAAAAACAAAACACAAUAUCGUACAAUUUACCAAAGCUAAGCAGACAUUACUGUAAUUAGUAGUGAAGCAGCAGAAGAA